AUGAGAUUAGCACAUGUUAGUGGCUCAGAAACUUUUUACCUUGAAAAAAGAAAAUUACAAGGACAAGAUACAGGCACAUAUAAAGAUACCGGUUCGGUCAUUGAUGUCCGAGAAAAUGAAAUAUUCCCAGUGUUUUUCGACCAUAAUGGACCACAAUUAAUGCCGAAUGGUGUUUGA